GUUAACGAUACUGCAAAUAAUAAUAACAUCGACGGUAAUUAUUGAAUAACUUAAUUUUACUGUUGACUACUUUCUUUUGUGGACGUUUCUAACGUAUAGCUAAUUAACGCAAAAUGUCCGAGAAUAAACUUCAACUACGUUUAGUUACUCAUAUGUGUCCAACUCAUCCAGUUGAACUAUACGAGUUAAUUGCAGAAUUGUUAGAAGAAUCGUUGAAUUGCUUUACUGUUUUGCAAUAUGAAAGCCGCAGCCCCGGUCCAGUACCCAGUCGACCAGACCCAUUUCAACAGAACUAUAUUGAUAUUGGGUUCAUGACGGCCGCUGCCUAUAUGAAAAUGAAGAAGGACAACAAGUUUAUUGAACUGCUGCCAGUAACGCCAGUGUUCGCUCAUCAAAUGAAUGUGGAAAAUAAGCCCGGGUACUUCUCAGAUAUCAUUAUUCAUAGCGAUAAGAAGGCCCACAACGUAAAUACCUUGCUCGAUCUACGCGGUUGUACUUUUGCGUAUAGCAACGAAAACUCACUGAGUGGAAGCAAAAUAGUUCUUAAAACUCUGAGAGAAAAGGGCGAAAAUGCAUCUUUCUUUGGCUCAUUACUAAAAUCUGGAUCACAUUUGGCCUCUGCUCGAAUGGUAUUAUCUAAGCAAGCGGAAUGGGCGGCAGUUGAUUCAACCACUCUCCUCAACUGUAAAAAUGAUAUGCAUGACGGCGGAAAAGAAAUAAUUACUUUGGAAACCCUGGGUCGUCUUCCGCCUUAUCCAAUAGUAGUUAAUUCUAGGCUAUCAGAAACUAUCAAGGAUUCCAUUACCAAAGCAUUGUUAAACAUAACAAAAAUUUCUGAGUGGAAAAAUAGAUUCACCAAAUUUGGAAUAAUAAAAUUUGAAAACAAUAGUGAUAAAUGCUAUGACGGGCCGGCUGCACAGAUGUGGUCCAUCCAGAAAGAGACGCUCAACAUUAGAUAUUAUUAGGAUUUUUCUUGUAAUUAGUUUAAUAUAUGUCCUGUAUAUUUUAUAUGUUGAUUACACACCAAGGAACUAAGAUAUAAUCUUGAUAACAAAUUAAAAGAUUUCAUAAUCAUUA